UGUGGAAAGUCCUUUGGGAAUUCCGCGGGGAAUUCCGCCACUGUGCAGUGGGAAGUCCGUAUGACGUGGCCGGAGGUAUUUUUCGGAAUUCCGCUGGGAAUUCCACCGGGAGCUCUGCGCCAUUGGUGAUGCUUAGCAGAUUUUCUCUCUCCCUCUCUUAGUCGACACGUCAGCUCGCCUGCAAGCAACAAAAUAACGCCCCAAAAAAACGAAGCAAAAAAAAAAAAGUUGAGAGAGAGAAAAUCCCACGAUGUGGGACUGGCUGGAUUCGUGGUGCUGUUCCCUCCCAAUAACACGCCAAAAACAGCCCAAUCAGAGCCCCCUCCUCACCGCCGCCGACGCCGCAUCGCGCCCUAACUGCAUCUCCUUCUCCGCCGCCGCCGCGAUGCUGAUUUCAUGGCUCAAUCGCCGCCGCCGGAGGUACCUUCUGCUGAUCCUCUGCAGCCCCUUCCUCGUGCCCCUCCUCUGCGCCACGUGCCCAAUCAUGUGCGCCGUGGAGCUCUGCUUCCUGAUCUCGCGGCUGCGGCGGAGGAAGGAGGUGGCUUCGGGGAGGGGAAGAUCCGGCGAUGGCGGCGGAGGUGAGGGAGGGCUGCUGCAGAGAUAUUUGGAGGAUCAGCUGAUGCUGGUGUGGGGAAAUGAUGAUUUGGGGGAAGGAGGAGGGGUCGAUGUCGAAUGUUUUGAUAGAGCGGGGGCUGUUUUGCAAUAGAGGGGGUUUUGAUUAUUGCUCCUUUAGGUUGUUUCUUUUUGCUGUUUGAGGCUCUUUUUUGUAAAUAUGAUAGUAACGCGACAGUACUGAAAACGAAGUUUCUGAAUUUGACUUUGUUUAUUCCAUUUCCGCUUUCGAAUUUUUUCCUCUUUAAUCGUAAAA